AUUCAUUCCCAGUGUUCAUUGACAGUGGCCGUGCUCGAGGUUAUGUUGUCAUAAUUGUUUGCGAAUUUACGAAACAUUAUCGAGGGCAUUAGAGGACGUAGUUCCAACGCGUUUAGAAUAAAAUAUACGCGAGUGUAUUAUAUUGUGAAUACGUGACAGAAACUUUACCUUACAAGUUCGUUUUUUAACAACGCCACAUAAUAGCUGUAAAAUAUAAGAUGGUUAUAAUAAGUGGAGUAUUGUGAUAGAAUGUUAGUUUACUUAUAAGUUUGCAAGUUAGCAUGCUAGUGACUCCAAGAUGAGAGAAGGCAGUGACGAGAAGAAAGAUUGGGAGAAGGAAAAACUCAACAAUGGCUGGAGUGUUCCUAAGUCACACUCCAGCACACAGUUCAACGUGGUGCGAAGGGUCUACCUUCAGGACACGCUCAACAGGGAUGCAGAUUACCAGCAGCCUAAGAAACCUCUAAGUCACCAGUUGCUGAAACUGAUGAGGAUAUGCGGGUACCAGGACUGCCUGUGCAACUCGUGUCCUAUAAUCAAAUGGCUGCCCAAGUACAAGUACAAGGAGGCGCUGGUGAGCGACCUCAUAGCUGGAGCCACCACCGCUGUCAUGCACAUACCGCAAGGCAUGGCGUAUGCCUUGUUAGCCGAAGUGCCAGCAAUAGUGGGUCUGUAUAUGGCGUUCUUCCCAGUCCUGAUCUACGUGCUCCUGGGGACCUCCCCCCACAUAUCGAUGGGGACCUUCGCAGUCGCCUGCCUUAUGGCAGGGAAGGUAGUUACGCAAUGGACAGCGCCUAUUGUAAAUGCCUCCCUUAAUGCAACAAUAGCACAGAACGCAACGACCGCCGUUGCAAGUGCAUAUUCACCUAUGCAGAUAGUAAGUGUUGUUUGUUUCACCGUGGGGCUGUUUCAAAUGAUAAUGUGGGCGCUCCGGCUGGGCGCAGUAUCUACGCUGCUGUCAGAACCUCUUGUCUCUGGGUUCACCACCGCCGCUUCCUUCCAGGUGUUGGCUUCCCAGUUGAAGGACCUCUUCGGGAUACAUUUACCUAAGCACUCCGGGAACUAUAAAGUUAUCCAAACGUUAUAUGACUUAGCAACGAUGAUAACGAAGACCAACAUCGCGGCGCUAGUUAUAUCGAUAUUUACCUGCUUAGUAGUAACAAUAAACAACGAGAUACUUAAGCCUAAAGUAGCCAAGAGGAGUCGGGUGCCCAUACCAAUAGAGUUGCUGGCAGUGGUCACUGGAACGCUGGUGUCCAAAUACGCCAAGUUGGAUGAAUUGUUCAACAUCGUUCUCGUUGGUUCCAUACCUACUGGGCUGCCCAUCCCGGAAGUGCCACCCGUAGAGAUGAUUCCCUCAGUAGCCCUGGAUGCGUUCACCAUCACCAUGGUUACGUACACCAUAUCCAUGUCCAUGGCGUUCAUCUUCGCGUCCCGGGAGAAGUACGAAGUGGAUGGUAACCAGGAACUCUUGGCGUUGGGUGCCAGUAACCUGUUCGCGUCAUUCUUCGGCUGCAUUCCCUUCUGCGCCAGUUUGUCCCGGUCCUACAUACAGUACCAGGCCGGGGCAAAAACACAACUGACGUCAUUCGUGAGCGCGAUGCUGAUCCUGUGCGUGCUGCUGUGGAUCGGACCCUUCUUCGAGAACCUUCCGCGCAGCGUGCUCGCCUCCAUCAUUGUCGUCUCGCUCAAGGGCAUGUUCAUGCAGGUCAAGGAACUCUCCAAGUUCUGGAAGCUAAGUAAACUGGACGCGCUGGUGUGGCUGGUGACCUUCCUGACCACACUGCUCAUCAAUAUUGAUAUCGGACUUGGAGCUGGUCUCCUGGCGAGCGUGGGCACCCUGUUCAGCCGGUCUCAGCGGCCGUACACCUGCCUGCUCGGCCGCGUGCUCAACACCGACAUCUAUCUGGACAUCAAGCGGUAUCGAGCGGCAGAAGAAAUCCCCGGAGUGAAGAUCUUCCACUACUGCGGUGGUCUGAACUUCGCGACCAAACACAUGUUCCAGGAGAUCCUGUUCCGGAAGGUGGGCUACAAGAAGCCCGUGCAGCCAGAAACUGACGAGGACAACAACAUGGACGCCGCCAAGAGUGACUCGUACGAGUGGGAUCCCACUAUUGCCAACAGAGUACAUUGCGUGAUCAUCGACGCAACGGCUCUCUCGUACGUGGACGGACCGGGGAUCAAGACGCUGGUGGCCGCGCAGAAAGAACUCGACAACAACGAUAUAUUAGUAUUAAUGGCUGGGGCUAACGGCCCUGUACUAGAAAUGAUCGACCGGUAUAACUCUCUGGAGCCAGAAGAGUUACAUCUAGUCACAUUCCCUACCGUCCAUGAUGCUGUGGUCUACUACAAGAUCCUUGAGUCCAAAAAACCAUUAAUAACACCGGUUGGAGUCACUAUUACAUCCUAAAUAUUCUAUAUAUUUAUUUAUUUACAAAACUGCGAACAAAAUUGACCAAAACACAAUAAGUUGACAUAACGAAGAAAGCAAAUAGUAGAAAUGAUUUGCAUUAAUUGGCAACACUGACAAUUAUGCAAAAAAUUGUUGCCACAACCGAAAAAACUUGUACCACUUACUAUUUUCCAGUUAAUCUAGUAGUACUCGUAUGACGGGAAUGUAAUAAUGUGAUUUAAUUAAGUAAACUACACUGACACCGGUGGGCUACAAGCUUUGAUUAGAAACAAUGCACCUGGGUAGAUAUUCAAACACCGGAAGUUAAUAUAAUUACCGUUAGCGCAAAAAUAUCUUAAAAUAUAUGUUGUUUUUCAAAUAUCCAGUUAGAACUUGCGUAAUUUGGAGGCAUAGUCACACAUUCUAACUGGAUUGCAAAACGGCAAAAGAUUCUAAAAUAUUUUUGCGUUUACGGAUAUGAUAUUGACUUCCGGUGUCCGAAGUACCCGCCUGCGCAACCUCAUCAACCUUAAAGCUAGUGAUUCAUUACAUUUGAGCUGGGCUCCUAAGUUAAGAGAAAAUAUUUUUGCUACUAAGACAAUUUUAUACAAGCUUACAAGGCCCCAUUGAAUCAAUUCACCAAAAAAAAACAAUAUUGCUAUUUGACAUUGUAUUAGUUCGAUGUCGCCUAGAUUUUUUGAGGUUUGUAGAUGGAAAAAUGUAGAUAAUUUGUAAUUUAUAAUCAGAAUAUCGACGAUACAUUCUUAUUUACAGACUGUUGAAGAAGAUUCGGAUAGUGAGAACAUUAAACAGAUCUUUUGAACUGGAUUGAAAUUAUGUCUUAUAACUAGUAUGGCCGACGAGAAGAAUCAAGAUUAUUUCUUUAUCGCGACUGUGAUGUAUUUUUUAUAAAUAAUUAUUUGUCAUCAAUUCCUAUCACCUAUAAAACAAAAUGAAAAAGCUACAAAUAAUAAAUAAAAUAAGAUACAUAUUCACAUUGAAGUAAUAGUUGCCGACAGUGUAGCAACUUUUGACAGUUUUCCGCUUGUCCUAAAAUUAAAAAAAAACUAUUACUUUCUGACAAUCCCAGUAGUUAAUUUAGUAUUCCCCUAUUACGUAAUAUUUGUUCUAAUAUUUUGAUCAAAGAAGAAUUAUAAGUUACUUCUUUAUACAAAUUUGUUCUCGAAUUUACCAAGAAUUGUAUUUAUUUUCUUUUUUAAAAGUGUUUAUGUAGGUAUGUCGGAAUCUUGGAAUCGGAACUAAUUAUGAAGAAUAACGAUUUUGGUGAUAGCAACUAUUACAUUGAACCAGUUCGGUUAUUAAAACGCUCGCAUCUCUAUUUUAACCGACUUCAAAAAAGAAGGAGGUUAUCAUUUUUUCAUAGGUCAUCUCAUCACACAGAUUGCAACGGUUUUGCUUCACUGAAUAAUAGCCGUUUAUCUAGACGGUAUACUUAAGUGCCCAGUUCGCCUUUUAUCAAAAUUAUUCUUUACACCUUAAAAUUCUUGAGGUAGGAUGUGUUACCCGCACGCAGUCUUAACACAAACUGCAAAGCAAAUGUGUUAAAAAUAUAAUUUAUCUAGGCUAACUUUCUAUUUUCGAGACUAUGUCAGCAGCAUUUCAAAUGUAAUUAAUAAAAUGUUUAUUUUUUUAUGCUUAUAUAUAUAAAUUUUUCAAAAACUGUUACAUGUGAUAUGCUGUCGACUGUAUGUUUGUGACGGUUCAAGGCAAAAGGUACCACUUUAUUUCGCUCGCUAGAUAACUGGCAACACCGAUUUGCAUAUUUCUGAAUUAUCGUCACAAAAUAUCUAAAUAUGUAGGAAAAAGGUUUAUUGGGUCACAUCAUUGAUUAAGGUCUACAAAACCUACAGGAUCUCCUUCAGGAGACAGGAUUAAACAUAAUUAAUUGAGUGUCCCUUCAUCUGCUGCAACUUCAGUCAUUUAAGUAAAUAUCCCAAUAAUCCUCUCUCCUAUAGAUAUAAUUUAAGAUUAAUAAUCAUAAGAAAUAAUAUGUAAAUUAGGUCCCAGAACAAACAAUAAAAAAUACAGGGUAAUGUGGUGGGAAACUGAAGAUUUGCAAAAUGGCCGGAUGUUUUCCUAUUGCGCGUAAAAUUCUACCAAAAUUGUGAAAUGUGAUACUUUUUGCCCAAAAUCGCCGCAGUUAUAUUUUGAAUAUUCUGAAAGUGAGAUAUUUAAAUACAUAGUACUUAUUUUAAUAAAUAAAUGUUGUCAUAAUGGUGUACAACUGUAGUGUCAUACUGUAAGUAGCAAAUGUAGGUUAGACGUAAAAUAACUUGUGAUAUUUUGUACCUAAAGAAUAUGUACGUUUGUACUUAUUAAGUACUUAUUAAAAUGUUGAAUAUUAAA